AUUCUUUAUAACACUGGCCUAACAGAAGAAGUAUAAUGAUUCCAGUCCUUGGUACUCUAAUGCGAUUAUGCCGUCCGAAAAUAUGCUUGUUUGCCCAAUUUAACAAAAAUAUAUCCAGACAUUUAUAUGAACGGGGCAAAGCUGAGGAAAAUAUUCACUUCCUGAAACUGCAAAGGGAACAAUUGAAGUCUCUUCGCCAAAAGAUUCUGAGCCAAAAGAAAAUGGUGAACUCGAAGCUCAACCAAGUGGAUGAGAAGAUUUCAACGUUGGAAAAAUCCGAUGCCAAACGAAAGGAAAACUAAAUUUGCAAAAAGGAGCAUUAUUUCUACCAGGACGGGCGAGUGGAAAAUCUUAUUUUCUUUUUUUUUCUGAGAAUAAAGAAAAGUGUGGCAGAUUCUCAAAA